AUGUCUCAUCUGCCCGCACAACAACCAAAGGAUAACACUUAUCUCGAGACACCCGGAAUAUGUCGGUCACUUGAGAGACUGCAAAAAGACGACGAGGAGGGGGUUGUCACAGGCAUAUGGAUAGCAAUUCUGGCAUCAGUUUUUGGUCCGAAAGAGGAAUAUAUGAUUCGCGCACAGAGCCUUUCCCCAGGAGGGGUUACAGACCUCCUUGGUCUCCAAUUUGUCAAGCAAGGCACAAAAUAUCGGGAGGUACAAUUUCUCGUAGUACAAGCAAAGGCCCCCAUUAAGGAAACAAGAGACGCAGCCUGGGAGGCAGCUAAAGAUCAGCUGCUUGACUACUUGCCGCAUCUCGAACCAAAAAGAAAACACCACAAAUAUGGGAUUGUGGCAGUUGGAAGAUGGGCCCAAUUUGUCCUCUACGACGAGGACAAUCGGCGGUUAACGGCUCUCCACGACGGACACCUUCAUGUCGAAAGGCAAUUCAAAGACGUUCUGGAUUUGCUUCAUUAUAUCCGAGACAACCAUUAA